AUGUCCGACACCGACGGCGACCAGCCAGCCUCUGCCCCCAACAGGUCCUGGGGCGAUGUGGCUCAUUACGCCGCCGCCGUCCUUGGUCUCCUAGCCCAGCCGAGUGCUCCGGCCACUGUGGAAGCUGCUCAAGACCCACCCGCGCCGCAGGAGGAAGAAGAGAGGAUCUGCAUCGCCUGCGGCAAGCCCAUGGUGUGCUGCAGGGAGAGCUCGGGGGAGUGCGAGUCGGACCCGGACACACUGGAGGCUGGCGAGUAUGUCAAUGUUGAACACCUCACUGAGCAGAUGGAGGAGACGGCCCUGGGUGAUGGGGAGGAGGCUGUUGCUGCUGUGCAGUUGGUCGCUGCUGUUCCUGCUGUGAGCAAAGAGGAAACUGGUAAGGCUAAAGUUAAGAACCACUCCGAAGCCGCGUCUCCUGCCAGCACCGACCCGCCCAUGGGCGCCACCUCCCCUGCUGGGCUUUCCGACAACCCCGAGCCUUCCUCCAAUGCUCAGCCUCCCUCAAACUCCACGCCUUCCAACAGCGCCGAGUCUCCUGCCCGCUCCAAGCCUCCCGCGGACAAGUCCAGUCCCGAGCGCACCAACUUCCCCGUCCUCAUCCCACCGUCCUUUGUCCUAUCCCCAAACCCCGUCUCACCCCUGCACGAUCUGGCCGAGCAGACCCAGCAAUUCCUCCACACGUCAGGUGCCGUUGAGCCCUCCGUCGCUGGGUUUUCUGGUCCUUCAGACUCCAAGAAGCCCGGGAGCACUGAGGACGCUAGCACUGCGAGCCCUCAGAAGGAGGAGACCGACCGUCCCGACUCUAAUCCGGACCCACACGCCGACGCCGACGCCGCCGCCGACACUGAGACUCUCUCCGACACCCAUGCCAACGACUGCGACUGCGACUGCAACGCCCACCCAGACUCCCCACCGCACUACGCCCCGCACACGCAGGUCCUGGACGUGGCCAACCUCCGCGUCCCGCCGACACGCACGCGCCGGCGCACCGUAACCGCUCCGGCGCGCGUUGGGUCAAUCGAGGCCCAGUUCCGCUCCGUCAUCACGCGCUAUCCCGGUGGAGGGUGGAGGAGGGAGCGAGUAAUCCGGACCCGGCGUACCGGGGGGGAUGUUGAUGCGGAUGAGGAGAGGCUGAGGAGGUAUAUUGCAGAGCAGGAGAAUCCUUGGCACGACUAUAAGUGGGAGCGGGAGGAGUGA